UGACAAAGCUAUAAAGUAAACAAACACUGUGAUAAUGAAUUGAUGAAAAGGUGAAUUAUGUAGAUAAUUACCUUAUGAAUUACAUCUGGAAUGAUGGCGUCCACAACAACUGCUUUACAGCAACAAGUUUUCGCUCUGGAUGCAAGAUAUAAUGCUUACAGGGUUCCACUAAGUCCAAACUUCAGGACAUUAUACAUAAGAAGACGUAACCAGCUUUUGAGGGAUACUACAAGACCUACUGAUAGAUGGAAGAAUUACUUGAGACUGCGUUCUGUACUCCUUCAACAAAGAUAUGGAAUAACAAAGAGUGAUAAUGCAUCUUCCAGUAGUUUGAAUAGCAGUUUCAAAUCUCUGACAUUGAAUGAUUCUAAUGUACCAAUGCAAUCACCACUAGGAUCUGUUGUCCCAACCAAAGAAGCAGAGGCUUCCAGAGCUAUGGUUGGUGGUACCACUAUAUCUGAAAAUUAUGCAUUUGUUGGAGUUCAGCAUAUAUUUGAUCAGCAUUCAGAGGCUGUAACUAUGAUUAAAUUUGCUAAUAAUAACAGAUCCCUGUUAUGUUGUUCUUCCUUAGAUAAAACCCUUUCAGUAUGUGAUGUGACAAGUAAUCCACCUGCAGUUUUGGCCAUUUUAAAAGGACAUACAAAAGCAGUAACAGGAUUUGACUGGUCAUUGGAUAAUGAUCUGAUUGUCAGUUCUUCACUGGAUGGUUCAGUCAAAGUGUGGAAAAUGAAUGACUUCAGCUGCCUCAGGACAAUCCAUGAUCCAAAUUCCUUCCAAAUGUUAUGUUGUUUAUUUCAACCUAGUAACAAUAAUCUUAUAUUGACUGGAAGUACUAAAGGGGAUCUGAGAAUUGCAAAUGUCUCAACAGGUAGGUUUUUGAAGAAUUUUUGUAGAGUUGGAGGAACUAUAUUGAGCAUUGCUUCUGAUACCAAUGGCCGUGUAUUUUGGACAGGAAAUGACAAGGGGGAAAUAAUUUCAGUUUACUGUGAAUUGAAUGGCUGCCUCACAAAACUCAGAAAAAUGAACUUACCAAUGAGCUGUUUGGUUACAAGUUUAAGCUACAGGGUUUGGAUUAGCAGGGAAGCUAGAAAUCCAUUAUUGCUUGUCAAUGCAACAGAUAACUCCAUGUACUUAUUUAGUAUAAUGGACCCUGAAGGAACUCUCAGGCUGAAGAGAAAAUUCCAGAAUAUUCAUAGAAAAUAUAUUGUGAGGUCCACUUUUUGUCCAAUUAUGUCAUUCAGGCAAGGUGCAUGUGUUGUGACAGGAAGUGAAGAUGGAAGCAUUUAUUUUAUUGACAUAGAGAGGGUGGGUAAGAAAUCUGUUCUAAAUACACUUCAAGGACAUUCCAGUGCUGUUCUUGGAAUCAGUUUCAAUUAUGAUGAAUCUCUUCUGGCCACCAGUGACUUGAUGGGUCUUGUGAUAAUAUGGAAAAAAGGGAAUGCUUCAUGAAAAAAUGACUAGACUUGUUUUUUCAUUUAUUUAUCAGUAUUCAUGUGAAAAAAGCAUUUGAAGACAACUGGAAAUGUCAAAGUUGUUAUAUAUUGUAUAUUUCAUGUUUUAUCUGUUUUAAAAAAAUUAUCGUUGUUGUACCUAAUAAAUAAAUAUAUAUUUGAAUCAUU